GUGCUCGACGCCUCUAUGAGCGAGAGUUGCGUUGCGACGACGAGACACGACUCGCGACGUCGAUUGUGCGCGCCAAUGCCGCCGAUAUACUAGCGGGAUCCCUAACGAUACCCAAUGUCUACUUGUACAUCCAUAUAGACUGAAUCAAAUAACUUCGGCGGCUCUCCUUUCGCUGCUUUCUCGCGAGCUCGUGACGAGCUGCUUGCACAUGUAUAAAAGCACCUAUUGCAGUCCUAGCACUCUUCGCAGCGGAGCGGAGUCACUUCUCAACUUGGGCAAUCGCUCGACGUCGCAGCUUCGAGCCUUCAACUUCGACUCGUGAUCAUCGGCCAAAUUUUCUGUGCUUCAGUGCCUCGUUAUCGGUACAGUGUCAAGUUUUUCUCCGACCAAUUCCUGUACAUUCUUUUUUCAUUUUAUAUAUAUAUCUCUCUCUCUAUAUAUACAAAUAAAUAUUUCGAGAAUACCAAGACAAACGCGCAUCACAGACUCUGUGCGUGACUGACGACUCGGCGCAUCGGUGUGACCACUGCCCGCGUGUGAGUAAGUGUGUGUGUGUUUGUGUUCGCGCGUCUGUGUCCGUGUCACUAUCUCGCUCUGGCUCUGCGCGUUCACUGUGCAUACGAGCGCGCGGCGAGCGUGUGAGCGACACAGUCUGUAGUGGUGUGUAUCGUGUAUUGUGCAUGUGUCAGUGCAGCUGACUGAGUGUCUAUAUAUCUGAGUGAAUAAGCCAAGUGACUGAUCGAGCUUUUUAAACUACAUCUGUUGCAAGGCUACGUCGUCGCCGUCAUCAUCGUCGUCGUCGUCGUCUGUAUUGGUCUCUGUUCAACUGCCACAACUCAAUUUAUACAACUCACCAACCACUACAUGUGUAGAAAUAUAUAUUAUAAUAACAAAUAUAUAUGUGCACAGACUGAUCAUCCAUAACCCAUGGAUAAUGGCUCUCGAGUGUCGUUGUUGCAGCUUUUUUAUCACCAAAAAUAAAUAAGAGAGCCCACCGAGUUUACGGCUCCAUUGUGUCGAUCUCUUUAACGCGCUCUCGUGAGUCUCAUCUUUCAAUUGUGUGUUAGUGUUUCCGUUGUUGCUGCUGCUACCGUUGCUAGCGUUCACAAAUUCAAGAGACGUGACGCGAUAUUAUUUAUUAAUAUAUAUGCGUAAACAUCCAAAUCAAAAAGUGUGCAAGUGUUGGCUUGGAAGUAUAAACGUAUACUCGCGUACAUACAGUGUACUUCGCAAUUAGUUUGCGAGAAGCGCGAGGACAAUUAUUGGUCACCCAGUUUGUGGGUUUUAUUCGUCGAUAUCGAGCUCAUGAUUUUUAACGUUCUCGAUUUUGUAGCAGCGAUUUUUUAACGUCACUUUGUACAACUCAUCUUCCACUUGCCCUUUCUGUCAUUCUCUACGUUGCAGAGAAGGAAAAUAAUGCGAGCCAAUCGUCAUUAUUAUGAUAAUAAUGCCGCCGUAUUGUCAAUUGCAACAAUGUCGUUGUCAGUGCUUAGAAUCUGCAUCUUCCUUGCAUUCGCCGUGGGCACUCUCAACCCAAGGUUAUGUGCGGCUGGUGGUGGUGCACUGGACUCUGCACCAGCGCAAGCUGCAUUGCACAAAGCUGCUGCAAAGAUAGCGGUACAACAAUCUUUUGUACCAGCAUCUUCUGCUGGUUCUGCGCAAAGUGCUCCUGCAAAACUUGGAGGCGAUGGUCUGGCUAAGCAAACUCUUGUUCAAGAAGGUAGAGAUCAUCGUAAACCUAUGUUUAUAUCUAGCUCUUCUAUAAUAAACUUCUUUUCGCUAAAAGGAACUGAUAGUUGUCAUGAUGAUCUGACUUGCAUUACAAUGUCAGUUAAUGACAGACAGGGCCUGGAAGCAAUAAAAUCACUUCAUAGUCAAUUGGAUGAUGAUGCUAAUGGAAAUAUAGAUCUCUCAGAAUCUGACGAUUUUCUUCGAGAAGAACUUCAGUAUGAAGCUGGUUAUGAAAAGAGACAACGAGUAUUCCAUCACAAUGAUGACAUGCAUAUUAGUGUUAGAGAACUAUGGGAUGCAUGGGUUAAAUCAGAGGUACACAACUGGACAAUAGAACAAACUUCUGAAUGGCUUACAAGUAGUGUAGAACUUCCUCAAUAUGUUCCUACUUUUAUUCAACAUAGAGUUACUGGUGCAACUCUUCCAAGAUUAGCUGUUAAUAACAACUACUAUGUAAGUAAUGUUUUGGGGAUUAAAGAUCCUAUUCAUAAACAAAAAAUUGCAUUGAAGGCAAUGGAUGUUGUUCUUUUUGGUCCUCCAAAAGAUACUGGACAUAGUCUGAAGGAUCUUAUUUUACUUAGCUGUUUGUUUGGAGCACUUGUUGGAUGCUGGUUUGCUUUUCAGCAAAAAAAAAGUUCUCAAAAAGAUCUUCACAGAAUGAUCAAAGAUAUGGAGAGCCUUCAUAAAGCUGAUCUUGAAUUGAAAAGAUUGCAAAAAGAAUUUGAAAUUGUGAAAUUAGAACAAGAAAGUGUAACAACGGAAAAACGAAAUUUAGAAAAACGUUUAAAAGACGAAAGCAUGGCUAUGAAUUCAUCGACAUCUGAUCUUCAAGUUUCCCAAUUAAAAGCAGAAAUUCAAGAAUUGAAGAUGGAAUUGCAAAGGGCUGAAGGGGAGUUAGAAGAUCGUUUGUAUUCACCCCCACAUGGACUUCAGCACUGGUUACAAUUGACUCAUGAAAUAGAAAAUAAGAGCUACAUGAAAAAAAAACAGAUAGCUGAGAAGCAACUUCAAACUGCUAGAGAAGCAUGUGAAAAGUUGAAAAAGAAAAGAUCUAGUUUAGUUGGAGCUUUUGUUUCAACACACGGAAAAUCGAUUGAUGAAGUAGAUAAAAGUAUUGUUGAGGCCAGAACAGCGCUAAACGAGGUAACCGCUGAAUUACAAGAGAGAGUACAUCGGUGGAAGCAGAUUGAGCUACUGUGUGGUUUCAAUAUUAUUAAUAAUAAUGGUAUGAAUUACUUGGAAAAUCUUCUUUACAGAGGAGGAUCUAACGGUAGAAGUGUAGGAAUGAAAGGUCGUCAUAAUAGCCAAGAUGAUUUAGACGAUGAUUUGAGUUCGUUGUACUCUCCUUCGCUUUCGGGUGCAGCAGCCACGGCACUGUAUGUCGCAGGUCUCUCGGAGAAUCUCAUCUGGAAAGAGUCGUCGAACCCGCCGGACUCAUCGGGUAGCGAGGCCGGAAGCAAGGACACGCCAACCGAGUCGUCGACCAACGUGCAGUUCACCCUCGGCGGCGACUCGAUAACCGACAACGAACAGCAGCAGUCCCAGUCUAUGCCACCACAGCCUUCGGCAUCGGUCAGCGCUAGGGUCGGCGACGAACGCUCCACUAGCAUGAUCAGGUCUUACAGCCAAGAAGCCAACAUGACUGCGGGCGUCAACGAGGAGCCAUUUCGGGCCAUCAACAAAUCGUCCCACUCGGAUAAUUCACUGAUGGAACAACAUCAUCAUGCCCACAAGCAGCAGCAGCAGCAGCAGCAAGACAACAGAAUGAGCUCGAGGCUGGCUAGCUUGAAAAAGCCCUUCAGGGAGCUGUCGACCGUUGUGUCGUUGGACGAGGAAACCUUGUCGACGGACUCUGGAUCGACUGCCGAUCCCCUGUCGACCUCGUCUCAACUCGACGAGGCCACGAAAAAGCGAAAAUCCAGAAAGAUCUUCCCAGGGUUCGGCAAGAAGAGCAACAAAGCCAACAAGACGGACUCCUGAUGCUGGCUUAGUUUCGGUCGCAGGCAGACCGCUUUCAUCAAACGUAUUAUUAUUCAGAGAACUUCGACCUACUCUUGACCUAAGAUAAAUGAGAAAAGCAACUUUGCUGCUGUGCCGCAAGCUGCUACCAACCCUGCCGGUGGUGCCGCCGUCGCCACUGUUGCUGCUGCUACUACGUGAUGUGAUUCUGCGACUUUUUUCACAGAUUUUCAUACGUAUUAUUAGACCUUAGUCCACUUCAGUCAAUUUCCCGAUAAUUUUUACGUCUUAUACAUAUAUUUAUAAAUGUUACCAUGUUGUCUGUAUAUCAUUGUUAUCAUGUUUUCUUUUCCAUUGUUUUUGACGAUGAUUUUCUUCGUGGGCGUGAUGUGCGUUAGUACUUACAAAGCGACCAAUUGAGACUUUGAUCACGAUGAUUAAAAGCUCCGAUAAUAAAUUAUUUAUCUAUUCGUCGCACCCAAAAAUGUAAAAGUCCUCCAAGUUUCAAGUUUUGAACAUUUUUUUAUUAACUUCGACGAUGAGAAUUUCUUUGUUCAUACGUCUUCGGUUUAAGUGCCAUUCUAGAAAAAUGAGCUCUCCCGAACCAGAAUAUGAUAAUUUCGUUCAAAUCGUCGAGAACUAAACUAACGAUCAUUCCUAAAAAAAGUCAUAAGAAAAAUAUUAUAACCACGGGGUUUUUUAUUUUGCUGGUGAUUUUUUGGUAAAAAAUAUAUAAACAUACCUUAUUAAAAACAUCGAGACAAUAUUUUUUCUGUCUAAACUUAGAUUAGACGUUUCAAAUGCGAAAUUUUAAAAAUAUUUUAAUGUAGAAAUAAAACUUAAAAUAAUUAAUUUUUAUUUAUCACCAACUACAAUA